AUGCUGGUGCUACGCCACGCCGCUGUGCAGGCUGUGCGCACCUCGCGCAUUGCGCGUGCCAUGCACACAGCCUCUUCGAUUGACCCUUCGGACAUUGCACACUUUUCGCGCCUGGCCGAGCAUUGGUGGGACGAGGAUGGCGAGUUUGCGCCGCUGCAUCGUAUGAACCGAGUACGUAUCGACUUUAUGCGGCAGAAGCUGGAGGAGGUACGUGAAUGGGACGCAGCAAUGGCCGAUGUGUGCGGUACAUCAUACGACUACCAACCUUCGACCACUUUCCUGGACGGGAUGGACAUGCUGGAUGUUGGCUGUGGUGGCGGUAUCCUCGCUGAAGCAGCGACGCGGCUGGGAGCUCGCGUUACCGGCGUCGAUGCUUCCGCUGAAAAUAUUCGCAUUGCCUCGCUGCAUGCUGCACAAGACCCUGCCUUGCGUCUUCGUGAGGCUGACAGCGAGGCGCCGGCCGGCGCCUCGCUGGCUUACGUCCACUCAUCUGCUGAAGCCUUGCAAGCGCAAGGCCGGCAAUUCGAUAUCGUCACAGCGAUGGAAGUGGUCGAGCAUGUGAACCAGCCAGCCGACUUCCUGCGGUGCCUCGCCUCGCUUGUCAAGCCGGGCGGCCACUUGUUCAUGUCAACCAUGUCGCGCACGGCGCUCUCGUACUUCAUCACGAUCUUUAUGGCUGAGCAUAUGCUGCGUGUCGUGACACCAGGCACACACCGUCAUUCCCAGUAUAUCAACCCUGACGAAAUGGUCAGCUUUUUCCGUACAUUGGGUUGGAUCCCGACCGAAGCCGACGUCCUCUCGCAGCGCCCCACUUUGCCCGACGGACGAAAAGCUGCGCCGCUGCCGCCGCGUCUCCAAUUCGAGACGCGCGGUACAAUGUACAUCCCUGGCCUAGGGCGCUGGGUGCUUGCGCCGUCGUCUGUCGCAGACUCACAUGCUACAGGGCGCUCAGAGGCUUGGCUGCCUACGUUGCUAGGCGGCGGCUUACGUCCUACCGAACUAUGCAACUACUUUUUCUGGGUUCGUCGGCCCCUCUCAUCAUCAUAG